AUGCAGCCCCUGCAGCAGCCGCCCCUGGACCCCAGAAGCAGCCCCUGGACCCGGUACGCUCUGUGCUGCCCUGCCUGUGCUGCCCUGCCUGUGCUGCCCUCCCUGUGCUGCCUGUGCCUGUUGCUGCCUGUGCCUGUUGCUGCCUGUGCCUGUGCUGCCCGUGCCUGUGCUGCCCGUGCCUGUGCUGCCCGUACCUGUGCUGCCUGUGCCUGUGCUGCCCGUGCCUGUGCUGCCCUGUGCUGCCUGUGCCUGUUGCUGCCUGUGCCUGUGCUGCCCGUGCCUGUGCUGCCCGUGCCUGUGCUGCCCGGGCCUGUUGCUGCCUGUGCCUGUGCUGCCCGUGCCUGUGCUGCCCGUGCCUGUGCUGCCCGUGCCUGUGCUGCCUGUGCCUGUUGCUGCCCGUGCCUGUGCUGCCCUGUGCUGCCUGUGCCUGUUGCUGCCUGUGCCUGUGCUGCCCGUGCCUGUGCUGCCCGUGCCUGUGCUGCCCGUGCCUGUGCUGCCUGUGCCUGUUGCUGCCUGUGCCUGUUGCUGCCUGUGCCUGUGCUGCCCGUGCCUGUGCUGCCCGUGCCUGUGCUGCCCGUGCCUGUGCUGCCUGUGCCUGUUGCUGCCCGUGCCUGUGCUGCCCUGUGCUGCCUGUGCCUGUUGCUGCCUGUGCCUGUGCUGCCCGUGCCUGUGCUGCCCGUGCCUGUGCUGCCCGUGCCUGUGCUGCCUGUGCCUGUUGCUGCCCGUGCCUGUGCUGCCCUGUGCUGCCUGUGCCUGUUGCUGCCUGUGCCUGUGCUGCCCGUGCGUGUGCUGCCCGUGCCUGUGCUGCCCAUGCUUGUGCUGCCUGUGCCUGUUGCUGCCCGUGCCUGUGCUGCCCUGUGCUGCCCGUGCCUGUUGCUGCCCGUGCCUCUGUGCUCAUAA